AUAGCCACAUAUGUGGUCUUGGUGAACACGUUAAUAAGUUAUUAGAAAAUAAGGCAUUUAUAGAACUGUAGCAGUAAGCGACUACUGUAAAUCGUGUUUACGUUUUUCACAAUUUUACUGGGGGGACUUGUGUUAAAACAGAAUGGAUUGCGGCUGCUGUUAUUUACUUUGUUAAUGGAGUUCAUAUGAGCAUUAUGGAGCGAUGACCAACCGGUCCUUUUCUGGGCGAAGAGACAGCGCUGCCGUCCAGGCCUGUUGUGACCCGGAACAGAACCCCUAAGUCUUGGGAGCAGUCGGUGCUGGAUUAUUCUGGGGGGGUGGUGGGAAGGGAGAGGUACCGUGACACUGGCAGUGACAGCGUGGGUGGAAGACGGCCCACAAUGUUCGCCAAACUGAAAAAGAAGAUUGCGGAAGAGGCCGCCACUGCCCCUCGGUCGGGCGGCCGCAUCCCUCGCUCCAUCAGCAAGGAGUCCAUCACCUCGGUGGGAGCCGACUCUGGCGACGACUUCGCGUCGGACGGGAGCAGUUCCAGGGAUGACCUUUCCUCCCAGGUGCUCCGGAGGAAUGGUCAGAUCCGCAAGCUGGAGGCCAGGCUCUCCGACUACGCUGAGCAGCUCCGACUUUUGCAGAAGACCAAGGACAAGCUUGAAAUUGCGUUAGAAAAACACCAGGAUUCAUCCAUGAGGAAACUGCAAGAUCAGAAUGAGUCGUACCAGGCCAACAGAGCCAAAAUGGCUGAAGGCAUGGCCUUGGCUCUUGAAAAGAAGGAUCAGGAAUGGCUUGAAAAGAUGUCAGUGCUGGAACAGGAGAAAUCCGCGCUGUCUGCACGGCUCGCCGAGAUGACAGAGCAGAGCCUCAGUCUGUUCCAGAAGAGGGACGACCUGGACGAGCUGGAGGGGUUCCAGCAACAGGAGCUAGCUAAGGUGAAACACAUGCUGAUAAGGAGGGAGGAGCAGCUGGGUCAGCGGGAGCGGGAGCUGCAGCAGCAGACUGGAGAGCUCCAGGUAGCCCGCAGGAGGCUGGCUGAAGCCCAGGACAAGCUGGGGCAGCUGGAAGAUGAAAGGCAGGAAAGCUCCAGGCUCUACGCAGAGCUGCAGGCCGAGAGGCAGGAGCUCCUCGGUAUCCGAGAAGAAGCGGAGGAGAAGAUAACUGAGCUGGAGGGGAGGGGCCAGGAGCUCCAGAGUGUCAUUCAGCAGGUGUCUGAAGCCUUUCAGAAGUCGCAGGGUACGGUGGCUGGGCUGGAGAACUCUCUCCACUCCCUGGAGGCUGACCACGAGGCUCUGAGGCUGCAGCACGAGCAACACCGACAGAAGGUGCUGGUGGCCGAGGAGGAGAAGGAGCGGCUGGUCUCCGACCUGCAGGAGAAGGUGUCCUCCCUGGACCGCCGUCUCCAGGGCAACCUAACGGAGGACGAGCACCUGGAGGAGCUGCUGAAGGAGAAGUGUGCUCUGGAGCAGAAGGUGGAGGAGGCGCGGGCGGAGCUGCUGGAGACGCGCACCAGCCAGACGGAGGUGGUGAGCUCUUUAGAGGCGCAGAUGUCCCGGCUCAACAGUAAGGUGGCCGAGCUGCAGGCCCUGCUGAGGCAGAAGGAGGAGAGCUGGACCUCCGACAGGGAGAGGACGGAGGCACAGAUCAGCGCUCUGGAGCAGCAGCUGCAGGAGAGCAGUGAGAGGCUGAGCAGCAGCGAACAGCAGGUGGCCGAAAGAGACGCACAAAUCCAGAAACUGCAGGCAGAGUGGAGCAUAGAGCGGGAGCGGCUUCAGCAGCAGGGCCUGGAGAGGACGGGGUGCCUGGAGGCACAGGUCACCGCUCUGGAGACGGCGCGAGACCUCGACCGGGCCACCGCCCAGCACCGCAUUAGUGAGCUGGAGCAGGAGGGCGAGGCGCUGCGUGAGUCCAGGUGUGAGGUGGAGAGCGCCCUGAAGACACAGACAGAGGCGCUGGAGCAGGCCAGGGCGGACUUGGGCAGCAGGCAGACAGUGAGUGUGGAGAUUGCCAAGGCCCUGGAGGAGACCAGGAGACAGAGGGAGGAACUCCAGCAGCAGGUCGGGGAGAUGACAUCCACACUGAAGGUCAGGGAGGAGGAGAUGGCCAAGGUCACCCAGCAGCUGGGACAGCGGGAGGCAGAGCUUGUCACUCUUCAGGAAGAGCUGCGGACUGCGCAGACUGAGGCGGAGGGUCUGCGCAGACAAGCGGAGGAGAGGGAGGUGGAGAAGGACUCCCAGCUGGCCCUCCUAAGGGAGGAGAUCGUGACGCAGACUGAUCAGCUGGACUCCUGCCAGUCUCGGGUCUCAGACUUGGAGGUUGAGGUGGAGACGCUGACGGAGCAGCUCCAUGCCCCGGAGGAUUGUGGGGAGGAGCAGAACGGGGCUGUGACGGUGGAAGACUUGGCUCACAUGCACAAAAUGAACAAAGAGCUGGAGCAGCAGCUGAGUGAGAAGAACAAGACGAUAAAACAGCUGCAGCAGAGGCUGGCCGAGCUGAAGAGGACUCUGCAGAAAGAGCUGAAGUUGAAGCCAGACCAAGAGUCAGAGGGGAGGGAGAAGCCUCCGGAGGGAAGAGUGGAGAAACCAGAGGGGCCAGAAAGGCCAUUCCCCGAGGCCCUACCCCAGGGCGUCUCCACCGCCACCGUCACCAACAACUCUGACCUCAACGACUCCCGCGAGAUCAACUUUGAGUACCUCAAGCACGUGGUGCUGAAGUUCAUGUCCUCCAGGGAGGCUGAGGCAUACCAUCUUAUAAAAGCCGUGUCAGUGCUGCUAAACUUCACUCGUGAGGAAGAGGAGAUGCUGAGAGAGACUCUGGACUACAAGAUGUCAUGGUUUGGAUCAAAGCCAUCUCCAAAAGGCAUCGUCCGACCGUCUAUUUCAGGAGCCCCGUCCCACUGGAGCUGAGUUAUGGGAGAAAAGGGCUCUCUGACCCCAAUCCAUAUCUCCCUGUCACUGUGGCAACCAAGCCUGUCUUUUUAUAUCUGAGACGCUUUUUAAUAAGGACACUGUUGAGAUCUUUUAAAUACUUCCUCCCGGAUUCCUGUGUAGCUUCAUGCGUCUCCUUUUGGGGAUCAAUGAUACUCUUUUUCUUUUUGCUCUUUCAUUUUUCGUCCUUCUUCUGUGAGAGAAGAAAGAACAGUCACUGGAUGGAAAAGGCUCCUUUAAGCUGAUUGAAAGGGACAAAUCGCAAGUAUUUUAUUACUGGCUAUUUAUUUUUGUCAGUGAUGUCCAUUGACUGGGUACCCUGACUGAAAGACUCAUCAGAGGUGACCUACAUGACCUUUCACCAUGUAAGGGCAUCCCUGUUCAAAUGGAGAUUUGGAAGAGAAGCAGACCUCGGUCUUGUUCUGGGAUGAAAGGUUGGGGGGGUUGCUAUGAAGUUUGUAGCUCUGCUCUGGAUCCAGACUUAACAAACAACUGCCGUAGCACCAACCUAAUGGAAAUAAAACCAGUAAAGAUUUUGACACCAGGAGAGUGCUGCUGGUUGAAGUUUUGGAAGUCAGACAGGAAGUAGGGAGGGUGUCUGGAAUCUUUGGGUCAUAUUUUGGGGUUAGAGGACUAUGAGGUUGCAGCCUUGAAUUCCUGGCUGGGUGCUCCUGUUUGCACUUCAGUAAAAUGCUUUAGUAAAUACUCAACUUUAUAAACGGGUAGAACGGUUACAGUAUAUCAGCUCUGUAGGUUUCCCUGGGUAUUAUGGUUUCCUGCUAAGCAGAAUACCUAACAGUGUGACAUGUUAAAACCUGAUUGGUUAUCACAAGAGUCAGACACUAUUGUUAGUAGAAAAUUGACAGAGAUGCUUUGGUUUUUUAAAGCUGAGUCUGUUCAUAACUAUUCAUUAUCAAAUAAUUAUUUGACUAUUGUAUAUUAUUAGAGAGGUAUUGCAGUGUAUACGAGGUCAUUGAGAAUGAAGCAUCUUCCUGACCAUCUACCCUGAACAUCAGAUGCUAAAAUUGAGGACCGUUUCUGCUAUGAUUUGAACCUGCAUUGGCUUCAUAAGUGGUCCAAGGCUAUCAGGUUCUCUAUGCAUCUAUGUAUGUGACCUAAUUCACAUCAGGCAGGACAGUUUUCCCACGAUGCUAUGCUUUCCUACUUGUUAGCAGAAAGGAGUGGUGUGAGUAAGGUGCACAUUUUAGGGAGUGCAGGAGAUGCAAAAGUAAGUUUGGAGCCACUGAGUUUCUUCUCUGAAAUGUGAAUUUCACACAGGGAAACCCUCAUGAAGCUUCAUUCAAGUGGAUGUAAGUAGAGGGUGUUUUCCCAGAAUUACCCAUCACAGUCAGGGUGCUGGGCCUGGCCCUCCCACCCACCCUGCAGGCUCGCUAACCCAAGACCUGCACCCAACAUCAUUCGCCAUGGGAUCGCCUCCAUUCACCACCAACAUCACUCGCCAUGGGAUCGCCUCCAUUCACCACCAACAUCACUCGCCAUGGGAUCGCCUCCAUUCACCACCAACAUCACUCGCCAUGGGAUCGCCUCCAUUCACCACCAACAUCACUCGCCAUGGGAUCGCCUCCAUUCACCAACUUGGACUGAUUCACAUCUAGAAGCCAACUUCAACAGUGUGGCAUUGGUUUGCUAGACUUCUUUGCUUCAAGGACCUAAGGACCUUAUUGGUAAAUGAAUAAUUGUAUUAUGAGGUUUUCCUCCCUCUCCUUCAGUGAAAGGACAAGAAGACAUUAUGAGCAUGUGACUUUGUGAAAUUAAACGCCCUUCUGAGACGCGAUCAUGACACCCCACUCCCUCUCCAGUGUGGCAGACCAUGACUAUGACCUGAUGGCUUUUCAGGUAUCUUUUUACUUUUUUGCAAGUUUAUAUGAAUCUGAAGAACACGAUUCUCCCCAUCAGAGAAUUUGCCGCUUUUAAGACGAGUGUGUGGACCUUUUGAAAAGGACGGACGCAGCAGAGAGGACCUGCAGUUUCCUGGGACUGGGGCAAUGUGGGGAGAUGUACAGCUCUUUAAAUGUAAAGCUGAAGGUGCAUCUAAGCAAGCAAAUGAAAUGAAAAUUCUGGGAAGCCUACCUUUACAUGCCUUGUGUUUGUGUAAAAUACAUUCCAUAAGAUUAUUUCUAUAUCAAUAACUGUACAUAACAUUGAGAAAUUUAUAAAUCCCUGGAUGUACAUUACUUCGGUUGAAGCUCUUGCCAUAUUUUGUUUAUAUAUUUAAAAAUAUAUAUACCAUAUGUUUAGAAUAUAUGAAACAGUAUUUGGUCUGUCUUGAGCAUUGGAAGGAGAAUUUGCCUCACUGUCCACUUGUUUUAUCUGCAAGGAUCCAGUGUACUAUUCAUCAUUUUAUUUGUAGAAAAUGAGCAGAAAAUGCCUGCCUUAUACUGGAUGGCCGUGUUGGUAAAUGGAGGGUUAUUGUGAGGCUGAAAUUGGCUAUUGAAAUGAGGUUUGCACAUCCAUCAGCCUCAAGGUUCAGGACGUACAGACCAAAGGCACACUGACACUGCUCUUGGAUAUUAAUGGCCUUCAUUAAAAUGUAGAACCUUUUGUGUUGCAUUUUACACCCCCCAAGAAUGGUUAUAUGAAAGUGGAUAGUGUGUCCAGGGACAGGGGAGAGAAGAUGAUUCUUACGAGACUGGAAAGUUUUUUUCUUUUUUUUUUUUUUAGAGAUGUGGUCCACAGAGGCAGUGAAGAUGUGGCUUUUCGUUACGGUUGCUGCCCACAUGGUGUCUGUAUGCAUUACCUUGAUUCACUUGUGUUUUUUGGAGCUUGUCUACAGGCAUGCUUGUCAAUGAAAAGGGCAUCAUUUUUUAUUUUGCACUGGGGAAACGUAACGCGCUGCUGUGUUGAACGGUCCCGUUUGGAACGCGCGUGCCGCUAAGCUCUGGUAGAGGAAUGCAGGAAGCUUAUCUCCAUUUAGCAUCGCUAGCCCUGAUGUUUAUUUAUGAGACUGCCUGCGUGAAUUGAAUUCUCCACUACGAAUCCAUGGAGCCAGCACAAGACAAACGCGUGUUGUGAGAGUCGAGUGACUGAUGCACUUUUAAAACCGGUACAUUUACUGCCCUGUUAGUGCCCGACUUAUUCAGGCUCUUAACCUGAAUGACCACUACAGUGCACCGUAUAAUUUAACUAAUAAUUCAUCAUUUAAUAUUAUUGUUUCUGUACCACUACAAUAAUGAACUCCUCUUUGUUUUUUUUCUCUUAUAUGUUGUAUAAAACAUAAAAUCUAUAUUUUCCUUUUCUUUUAAUGCUUGGGGACUAAUUUGUAGAUGUGCAUACCUGUAUAUUCUUUUUGGUUUGAUUAAAGUUUGACUUUUAA